AAAAUGAAUGACAUGAAUUUUCAUUUUAUUCAACAAUUUAUUAGAAACUCAUGUCGUACAUGUGUAGCUACUAAAAGCCCUGCUUGCCUUUCAUUCACUCAAAUAUUCUUGUUCGUGAAGGCAACAACAAGAGAGCAAAAAAAGUCUCUAUAUUCAAUUCACAUAGAGCAUGGGAGAUUGGAAAAGCUCUUCAAGAGUAUGUUGGAAGAAAAUAAAUAAACUUUAAUGAGAAUCAACAAUGUGUGAUGUUUUGAUAUCACCAAACCCAUAUGGAAUAACCCAUUAUUUCAAUGGGGAGGGGGGGAGGUGGAGGUGGGAUAGAAUUAGCGUGAAAGGACGGGAGAGAACCUUGAGACCCUUUAACUAAGAUACUGAAAAUAUAACAAUAACACUUAAGGCUCAUAUUUUCUUCCUCUCACACAUUGAACGCAAUAUUUGGCUUAUUUCCCUUCUAUGUAUAAAUACAACACUUCAUUAAUUUUUGGGGGUAAAUUAAAUGACAAAUACGUAGCAUAUUUUUCGGUAGUACCUACCCCACAACCUAUAGAAACUUCCCCAUGUUAAGCAAAAUUUUAUUAUGGGAGGAAAAUUGAACUAUUUUUCCUCCUUGACUUCUCAUUUUGUGUCCUCUGCUUUGCCUUUAUUUCAUGACAAUUUACUCUAUGUGAGUUUAUAUAUCCAAUUCCAUAGAUUAAAUUGAGAAUCCAAGAGGCGGAGGCGAGGGCGGGGGUUAUAUUCCGAGAUAUCUUCCACCAGUGCAAUGUCGUUUGGUAAAAUUGGGGCGGAGGAUGAGGGAGAAAUAUCGCCUAAAACUUUCUCACUCAUAUACGCAUUUUCACAUGGAUCCCCUGCCACGAAUUUGAUGAUUUCUGACUUCCUACUUUCAUUCAUGAUUGCUACACUGGCGUACAUUAAAAUAAAUACCUUAUUGGUUCUCUAGUUUUGAAGCUUUCGAAGUAUAUACUUAAUGUGUGUUCCAUUUUGAGAACUUUUAUUUCAAUAUCUGGGACAUUAAUUUGGAUUUGGAUACACACUGUAUCCCUUCGAGGCGGCCAGUGAGGGCGCCAAGACGGGAUAAACAUGUAAAUUCCCACAACUAAAGGCCAAUGCUUCCGCAGGAGUUCCACUGAACCAUGCUCGAGACUUAGGAAGUGUCCAUUACGUCGGGAACAAUAUUUUUGGUCAAUAGGAAAUAAUAAUUAAAAAUUAUCUUUCCUUGGCUUGUGACCAAAAAGUUUUAUGUUCAAUAAAAAACUCUAAAUUGCCCCUAUUCUUCAGCUACACACUGUGUGCAUACUCUAUAUAACAACAUCUUGUACUUUAUCCGUAUAGUUAGCUGAAAUUAUAAAGGAAAGAACCUUCUUGUUUUUGUAUUUCUCCAGUUGAGAAAUUAUUCUAGCACUUAAAUAUUGUUUUCUUUCUACUUUUUUCCCUUCAACAUUUUCACCAUUAUUCACAAUUUUUCCUUGCUAUAUACAUAGCUCUUGGGUGAAUGGGGGGUGGGAGAAAUCUCUCUUUUCCUCGGUAUAUAUGUAUGUAUACAUAAUCCUAUUUAUGUUAAUCUCUCUUUCACUCCGUCCACCAAAUUUCGACAUCUUUUGUACAACAAUUGUGCUCAAUUGUGAAUGAUUAAUUCAGUGCCUUCCUCCGCGUCGCCACGAUAAUCAAAUUUUGUAUUCUCUACAUAAGAUAUGUUUAUUUUCUUUUUUAGUAUUCCAAUUUAGUAGGUUGGUAGCGAUUGAAGGCUUAAAACCAAAAGUGAGUGUGAGGAGAGAGAGAGUUAAAUUCAAAUUCACAUUCUCUAGUAUUUGUACAAAUUAUUUGUUAGUGGAAAUUGAUUAAAUAUAGUACGGUAUAAACUGUAUUUUCCACGACAUGAAAUGUUGUGUAUAUUUUGGGAGGGAUAUUCCUUCCAUGGAGAGAAUGUUUAAAUUCAUACAGAUACAACAGGCAUAUGUAAUUCAAUGUACAAACAGUAAUUGUGAUUCCGUAUAUGUUUCUGUUUAAUUUUCAUCCCCACCCGCGCCGUGUGAAAUCCCGGAAAAUUCGCUUAAAAGUCAUUUGGUAGUGAACUUGGGAAAAUCAUUGUGGGGAAAAUGCCAUCUUGUGAAAAUUAUCCCAACGGGCGUGAAGUUUGAAUUUACACGAGAAGCACACAGCCGGAAAAUCAAUUCAAGCUUUUCCACGCGCAAUAACCUCAACAGAUGUCAGAGCUUUUCUCGCUCCCUUCAAUUUGAAAAGUGACUGUUGCGCUUUCCUUUUCAUGUGAAAUUUUAUUCCUUUAUUUCUAUCACAAUUGUAUUAAUUUAUUAAAUAAAAUACUUUCUUUAAACGCUUGACUUGAUGUGUAAAGACUGCUAAAAAGGUGUGGGAAUGGUUGUGAAUUUUAAGAAAUUUUUGUGCCAUUGUUAUUUGCAUUUUUCUUGCAAAAUCAUUUGCACAGUGUUAUGUUGUUCAUUUAAAAAAAAAUUUUGAAUGAAAAAUAAUACACAGUGAUGUCCUCUCAUAACGAACAAUUAAGAUUUUCACUAACGGAUUUAGAGAAAAAAUCAGUUUAAUUGAAAAUUAAUUAAAUAAUUAUAACUACCAUAGCAUAAAUUAAGUAUGCACUUAAACUGAAGAAAAAAAAACAAUUCUAAACACCUUUGAAAAAAAUCUAAAAAUUCAUAAAAUAAACAUAAAUUCUCCCACAAGGAACAUGCGAAUGUAAAAUUGACUUCUUUAGGAGUAUCAUUCUUGAAAACAUUCCUGGGCGAUGGUGGUGGGGAAAAAACCACGAUGGUUUGAAGCGGGGUGGAAACACAAUGUUAUACAAAAUUGAAACCCACCCUAUGUAUUUUAUAAUUGAAGUCAAACCAUCCCUCAGUAGACAAUUUUCUCCAACUUCACCGGAUUUCCCGGAUAUGAACGGGGGAGGAUGUGAGUGAGUGAGAUAACAUUAAAUAGCCAUAGAGAAAGAGUCCAUGGACAUGCGCACAGUGUGGCAAAAAAAGCUUUCAUGCACCCUCCGAGGGGGUGGAGGUGAUAAGGGAAAGUUGAAAUGUCGGACAGGAUUUUAGAAUUUACUCUGUAUGUUCGUUUUUUUCCCCAAACUAAAUGGGAUUCGUUGUGCCAACGUUGCUCAUAUUUUUUUUCUAAAAAAUAAAUUGAGCUUUUUGCUACCUACCUAUGUAUAUAUGUAUACAAAGCACCUACCCUCCAUACCGUCAUCAAAAUUCGUCACUAUCAUCACCUUUCUUUGUGUAAUUCAAUGUAAUUGCGUAUGCGAACACCGGAGAAUGUCUCUUUCGCACCAACAGUGGGGUAUUUGUGAAUGAUAAAAUUCAACACAUUCCCUCUAAUGUUGUUUCAUUCGCACACUCCACGGACAAUCGGUCUCUCAAACUCACAAAACACUCUGUCUGUGAAAUUUCCUUCAGUUAUCGAGUGAAUUUCAUUUGAUACGGAACUCCCGUGUGCGCUGAAUGUUGCAUGUUGCGACAUAGAAAAUUUACAUCUCUUAAUUCUUGCCAAAAAAAAAGGAUCAAGUCCUUCUUAAGCGCAAUUUUGUCGUGGAGAGAAAGUAAAGUAGCAAGGGAAAUGAUGUGUCUGUGUUGCGUGCUUAAUUGAAAUUAAAAUUCAUCAUAAAGCAGAGUGUAAAAGUUCGAAAAAUUGCACAAAAAGGAAUAAAAAGACCGUGUGGGAGAUUACAUACAUACAUAGCGCAAAAAAGCACACGGGAGCUUUUUUUUCGGCCGCUCUAUCAUGUUUUUCAUCAAUUUGCGAUAACACAGUUUACAUUUUCUGCAAAAAUACAACAUCAGUGUGUAAUUAAGUGGAAGUUUUUCGAGGCUCCUGUUUAUUGUAAUCUCUCUUUGACUAACAGGUAGCCGCCCUCCAUUGAGCUUUUUCGGGAAAAUUCACUUUGUAUUAACAAAAAAUAUAUAAUCAAAAAAUAUUUUCUGUGGAACUUGUGUGCGUGCUAAAUUAAAUUUUCAAAUAAACAAGAAAAAUACAUAAUAAAGCUUGAUACUUUUAGCUCGUGUUUUGUGUGUCGUGUCUAGCCCACACAAGUGUGGUGUUUUUGCCAGAGAGCGAGAGAGUUGGGAAAAAAAUAAAAGGGCAGGAGAAACCCCGGGAAAAUUUACCCUCAAUCGCUUUACAAUUGUUGUCCCCGGUUGCAAGAUUAAAUUUUUGUGUGGGGGUUGUAUGUGAUACGCAGCGAGAAAGGGAGAAAAAAAAUUGCAACCAAAUAAACUUGCGAGGAAUUGUGUGAAAAUAGACGAUACAGAAGGAUUUUCUCUCCAUUUUGCGCGCGAGAUUGAGGAUGAGAGAUUGUGAAUGUUCAACAGUGUUUCAUGCGUGAGAACACCCAAAACCAGAUAAGGGUGGAAAAUCAUCAGCAAGUUUAUUGUGGUGAAAGACACAAAAAAAUUUGCCCCGAGAGAAGAUUUGAUUUUCUCCUUCUUCUAUCUUCAAGUAAAAGAACUCUCUGUCGAAUGUGAUGGAAAAAGAAUGAUUUUCUAAUUUUUUGUAUUGGUGCAAAGAAAAGAAAAUCCUUUCGCGCAAAGGGAAAAAUUAAGUGAAAUUCGCCAUAUCAAACCUAUCAAAUUGCAGAAGUGGAUUUUGGAGGGAGAGUGUGCAAGAAUUAAUUAAUUAAAAAUCGACACAAAAAACGUAUAGAAAAAAUGGGCUGUCUAGGAAGCAAAGAUCGUCUCACAAAAGAAGACAUGGAGUUCCUGAAAUCACACACGCGAUACGAUGAAGCUACCAUUAAGGAAUGGUACAAAGGUUUUAAGCAAGACUGUCCGAAUGGUCGACUAACUCCAGCCAAAUUCGUCGACAUGUACAAAAUGUUCUUUCCAUCUGGGAAUGCUGAAGAAUUUUGUGAUCAUGUUUUCCGGACGUUUGAUAUGGAUAAAAAUGGUUAUAUUGAUUUUAAGGAAUUUCUACUGGCAAUAGACGUUACAUCGAGUGGUACACCAGAAGAGAAGUUAAAAUGGGCAUUUAGGAUGUACGAUGUGGACGGGAAUGGCGUCAUAGACAUUCAGGAAAUGACGAAAAUUGUUCAGGCCAUAUACGACAUGCUGGGUGCUUGUUCAUCAAAUCGCCCUGCUGAUUCAGCCGAAGAGCGAGCCAAGAAUAUCUUUGCAAAGAUGGAUGAAAAUAAUGAUGGACAAUUGACGCAGGAUGAAUUUUUGAAGGGUUGCCUCCAAGAUGAGGAAUUAUCAAAAAUGUUAGCGCCUUAAGAAGGCCACCCUCUCAUAUUAGAAAAGAAAAACGUUACACAAGAACAAAAAAUGAAAUGAAAACUUAUUAAGAAAAUUACAAUUUUACAGAUAUUAAUGUAUAAAAGGAUAUAUUAGUAAGAAAAAUGAAACCAAAAAAAAUUAUAAUGUUUAAGAGAAGCUUCUUAUUCUGAAGAACAUUAAAUAUGAAAAUUGUGACAAAAAAAGCUAUCACAGACGACGGACCUUUUUUGCAUGGGAACACUUUUCUCCAAAAAAAAACUUGACGAAAUGAAAUAUUUAUAUAAAUAAGUACAGAAAAAUUCUUAUCCUGUCUCGAGGAGAUUCUUAUCUAUACUUUUUCUAUGCUGUAAUUACUAUACAUUAAAUAGAAAUCUCUUCUCCCAUUAUACAAGAGAAAGCUAAAAAGGAAAGAAACAAUUAGAAAAAAACAGUAUAUAUACAUAACAUAAUAUAAACAGAAGCUUUUUCACUUCGUGCAAAAUAUGAUAUAUAAUUUCAUUUAGCAUUUUAGGCUAAAUAAAAAGAAAAGAAGAAGAAAAAGUAGCUAUAAUUUUAUGUUAAUUUCCAUUGAAUAGCAAUCAACAGGGUGGAAAAAUUUUAUUUAGACACAAAACUCUACUAUAAGGAACUUUCCCUUAAUUAUUUUUCCGCGUCGCUUCACUCCCUUCUCAAUUAAUAAUUAAUUUAUUUUUUACUCCAUUCGUGUGCCAUCCUGAAUCAAAUUAGAACUCCCACUCAUCCUCUAAUACGUGCGGGAUUUAGGAGUUCCUCACAGCAUUCAUUUGCAAUAAGACAGGCGACACUGUGAAAUGUCGCCCUGUUAUAUGAAACAUUUUGAAUAAUUUGGAUGUAAAUAUGUGAUGUGUAACCAAACCAUUACUUCUUGGAAAUCCUAUCUCGCAACUGGAUUCCCUCAUCAGUAUGGUGGAUUUAAAAAUAAUGCGACAGUCUGUGGGAUAAAUAUUUGUGCGACAAAAACAGUUAAAUUUCAGAAUUUUGCUAAUUUAUUUUGUGUGUACAAUUGGUGGUAGCGGUGGGAUUUAAUGCACCACUAGCGACAUCUCUUGCUGCACACACACCUGUAGAGAGAUAAAUGAAAAUCUCACAGAGAAAUCCAACAAAUUAAUUUAUUUCUCCUUUUCUCGUUCUUUCUCCAUUUUCUUCAAGAUGAAAAUGAGGAUGGGUGAGUGGAUGGGGAAAAUGGGGUUGUCGUCUUAGUUAUGAGGAAUUGCAGCAUUAGUCCCGGUGUUUCGUAUUAUGAUGCGAAAUGCAAGAAGAUAUAUUGUACGUUUGCGACAGGAAUAAAAUAUAAGAGAAGGUUAUACGGUAUAUCGCCCUCAAAUACUUUCAGCUCUCCCCCAUCCCUCCCAAACAUCCCUUAAAGGAUGUUUAUUGAAUGUUUAGCGAAUCCCUCAGACUGCUUCUCUUCUUUUUGUUACUCGUACACAAUAUAAUACAACAUACAAUAAACUCUAAAAUGAAACGAAGCACCGAAAUUCCAUAUAAAACCAAAUGUGGAUGAGAAAAUUCCUUUUAAUCCCAAUGUUGUCGAUCAAACUUUUUACGGGUUUUAUUUUCCCUUAGAUACAUACAUAGCAAUGGAAAUGCUACAAGAUAUCAAAUUCCUUUAUUUUAUUUCUCACUCUUGUCUCGUUAUCUCGUCAUUUUGGAUGAGAGAAGAUAUGUUUAAAAUGAAAAUUUCUCACAUUUAUUGAUUUUCAAAAUUUCAAAAGAAAAAAUCCUCGUAAAUCAGUCUCAGUGUCGAAGAAAUUUGUGAGAUUGAAAUGAAGCGAAUUAGCUUUAGUUAGAGGAUGUUGAUAAUCUCAGAAAAAGAAGGGAAAAAGUUCUUUGAAUAUGCAAAGAAAAUCCAUAUAGUGACCUUUCACCUUACAAUUACCUUUCGCAUCCAAUACUUUGGCUCCCCAUCAUUGGCCCUCUGCAUUCUUUUCCACCCCAAAGUUCCGUCUAUUCACCCCUCAAUUAAAAAUUAAUGAACUAAUUAUUAACCGUGAAUUACAGCAUAAAUUAAUUACAAGCAUUUCCUUUUUUGCUCCUCUUCUUCAACACACUUUGAGUUACUUUUUUUUGUAAUUACGUAGACAUUCUUAUUUUUUUGAAAAAGAAAAAUUACAGAAUAAUAAAUAUUUCGUGGAUUUUUUAUGCUAUCACUAGAUGGUCUUGUUUUUUAAUUAAGAAAUAAAUCUCAAAGACAAUCUCUCAGAUGUAAGAAGAAAAUAAUCAUGCGGAUUUAGGCAAAUUGAAGAAGAAAAAACUAUAUAUGAUAAAAUUGUUAAGGGACAUUUUUAUCUUACAAAGCAUUAUGCUUGUGCUCCAUUUUGGAAAGCAAAGAAAGAAGGAAAAAAAUGUAGGAUUUUUCACACACAAAGAAAAACCCAAAGAAGUGUCUCAAAUUGGGCGACAGAUAUGUUUUUUUUUUUAUGAAACAAGAUGUGUACUCUGUACAUCAUGCUUAUCAAGCAGAAAGAUGUUGUGAAGAGUACAGGGAGAAAAUUGCAUGACAUCAAACUCAAUUUAUCAGUCGAUGUGAAAGCAAGAGAAUGCAAUCAAUAUUUGUAGAUGAAUAUCUCAUUCUUUAUCCAUUACAUUCUUUUGCUAUUCCCUUGAGAAGUUCUUAUCGUUGGUAGUGUAGCAAGGAACUCAUUCAACACGUUUUUUUUCUUCCUUAAAUUCUCCCCCGUGUACUCUAUGGAGAGAGCACCAUACUCUAUUUUCCAACCCAUAGAUAAUCAUGACAAUGGAUACCACGAAAAGUGAUGAAAGGACAAAGAAUAGAACACGACGUCAUUUCUUAUACUAGAAAAUCCUUUUAUUGUUUUCAUGUCAUGCAUUUUUUGUGAACAAUAAAAAUGAAAAAUGAGACACUAGUGAGAGAGAAAAAUUGCCAUAUAGAAGACAACAAAUGCGCUGCAAUUGGGCGAGGUGAAAGGAGAGAAAGUAAGGAGCAUGCACUCUAGCAUUUCACGCUAUACACAAUUUUUAGGAUUAAACAGCAUUGUGUAGGGAGUUUAUAGUAAAUCAAAUUUAGGGCUUUACACUUUUGCCAUCUACUGGAGGAAAACAAAAGUAACGCUAACAUAAUACAUAUGGCUUGAGCUUUUUCUAGGCUAAACUUUACGGCAUAGUAGAGAGAAUCAUUUGAAGAAUCUCUGAAAGCUUUGAAAGUUUCAUUUAAAACAAAUCAUAAACAAAGCUACAGGUUACUAUAUGCUCCCUAGACAACGAUAGUAACAUAAACAUUGCAUUAGAAAGAUAAAGAGCAUUUCGUGGGAAUAUUCUAGGCUCUUUGUAAAGUAUACUAUACAUACUUUCAGAAACCUCAUCAUAUUUCUUUAGCGAACUAGAAAAACGCGUCACAAGCAACUAGUUGCAAGUGAUUGUUACACACUUGUUGACUCUAGAUGCUCCCAACUCGUGAGUUCUCCCUAUUAUUUGUACAGAAUCUUUUGACAUUGCAUUUAUUCUAAUUCAUACCUUCUCUUUUCUAUGUAUUCUUAAGGUCUCUAUCAACAUUUCAUUCCUUACACAGCAUAUCUAAUAUGCAUUUUUUUUAUUCUUUCUUCUUAACAUUAAUGAUAAAUUAUAAUGAUAAAAAAUUUAUUUAAAAAAAAAUAUCGCUAGAUAGGCAAUCAACCACGUGAUGACAUUUCUAUAAGAAUAUUAAAUUUAAAGAAAAAAUACAAAAAAAAAAACAAGAAGUAAAUGUAGCUAUAAAGUGGAUAAAAAAAACAUUUAAAGAAUAUACAUAAAAAUACUUAUAUAGAAAUUGAUGGGCACAAAUGCUUAUUUACAAAUUAUCACACAAGAAAAUUUUAAUGAAAAUGAAAACCAAAUGGCUUCUACUAAAGGCGAAAAUCUAUCUCUUAUAGUAAAUAUAAAAAAAAAGAAAAAUUUAAUAAAAUCACUGUGAAAGUAUUUUCCAACAAACUCAAAAUUCUCGAGGCAUUUAUAUUUCUUUUAUUAAAGAUUUUGAAAAGAAAAAAAUCCUCCAAACCUUCCUCAUGCCUUUCUCUUCAUUGAAUUCGCAAAAAGAAAUGUUACUUCUACCAAAAAUAUUUAAAAAAAAAAAAAACCAUCAAUAACUGUGCGUAAGGAAAAGAAAUAAAAUUUCAUGUAUCAAUAAAAAUAUCGACGAUAAAAUUUCACUGUAUCAACUAAUAAAUGUGUAACAAGUGUUUUACUUCGUGAGAUAUAAAGAAAAUAAAUCAUGAAAGAUGCUAAUAUUCAAAAAAGAAAAGAUAACAAAAAAUAUAAACUCUCAAUGUUGAAUGGUAUUCAUCUUCAAGAAACAUUUUUCAUCUGAAAAUAAUAAGAAAAACAAAUUCUUUUCAUUGUGGUCAAUUAAAAUUAUUAGCAUUUUUUUAAAAUUAAAUUGUUGUUAUUUUAUUCCAAAAGUUGAGAAUUUAGGGAAGAUUUUAUUGGUUGAAUGGAGCUAAAGAAGAUUAGUAAGAGAGGGCGUUGCAAAAAUUUGCAUACUAGCGCCAUCUCUUGAGACAAUGCAACUUCCAAGUUAGGACAGCUCUAUUCUUUCUCACUUUUUACACUUGAUUAAUAAAAAAAACAAAUAAAUUAUUGAAAGCAUUUUAAACACUGCCCCCAACCAAAAUUAAAAUUAAAUAAAAAAAAAUUAUCACUCAUUAAAUGACAUUAAUUUGCGAAUUAAAGAAAAAUACAAAUAAAAUUAAUAUUAUAAAUGAAAAAAAAAAAGAUACUUAUGAACAAUUAAAUGGUAUGUGCUAGAAAAAAAAGAUUGUGGUUUUAAAGGAAAAAAGGGAAUUUUUUAAAAUAUAUCUAUGUAUGUGAAUUUGAAAUGAAUAUCUUGUCCAUUUAUAUAAAACUCGUAAUUUCCCAGAAUAGCGAGAGUAUUUGGCAAGACAAAUGGAGAUAUUUUGAAUUUUAAAAUAUGUAAGGUCACAAUUAAUGUCAUAAAAAGUUAAUAUAUUGAAGACCUUUCUUGUGAAUAUAAGGAAAAAAACAAUGUAUAAUUAAAACAGGAGAAGAAUCAAUCACGCUAUUUACUAAAAAAACAUCACAAAACUAUUUAAAUAAAAAUGAAAAAAUAUCAAUUUGGGAAUUUAAAAGAUGAGAAAAAGAGAACAAACCAAAAGAAGAGGGGGUUGUUAUAGAGCAAAAAUUAAUAGAUGAAAUAUUGAUAAAUUAAAAGAAAAGAGAAAUGUAAAAACCAGCCGAGUUUGGAAAAAAGAGAAUAAAAUAAAACACCAACAGAGUAAUAAGUAUGAAAAACUAUAAAAUGUGUUGUGAUUGAAGUGUUUAUUUAUUUAAUUUACACGCAAAUUAAUUGACGUACUUUUUGGUAAAAUUGCUACUUUACAUAAUUUGUGCAAUUGCCCUAAUUUCAUACAAUUGUUUUGUACACCCAUAUUUUAUUUAUUUUCCGGGUGUUUUCCCAAUUAAACAUUCAAUCAAAUUGAAAAUCAUUUAUUCAUUAAAUUCUCUCUCUCUCUCUAUAACAGGUACCACCAGAGAAUUUAUUUCAAUACCCGAAGAUAGGUGAUCGGAUGCACUACCGUAGAGUAUUAACUUAAUUUUUGUAGGUGAUAG